UUUGUGAUUUUGUGACUGUAUUGUGUGUGAGAAUUGUGGUGAAGUUGUACUUCUAUUGGACUUGAAUUCAAAUUACAAGGAGAUAGUCAUUGUAUUUAUAAAAUUGUCGAUUUGUUUUAUGGCCUUGUCGCCACAGCAUUAAGGAAAUAGCAAUUAAAAUUUCAUUCUAAGUGCAAAUCAUCAAAAUGUGUGGCGGAUUCACUUGUUCUAAGAACGCUUUAAUUGCCCUUAAUGUUCUUUAUGUGGUGGUGGCGUCUAUUCUUAUAUCCGUUGCAGUAUACGGACAAGCAUCCUCCCUGGUAACUAAUUUACCCAUUGUGGGCGGGAUUCUUGCUUGUGGAGUGUUCCUAAUAUUAAUAUCCUUGCUGGGCUUAGCUGGAGCGGUCAAACAUCAUCAAGUUAUGCUCUUCUUUUACAUGGUGAUACUGUUUCUACUAUUUCUUGUUCAAUUUUCUGUAGCAUGCGCCUGUCUUGCAGUUAAUUCCGAUCAGCAAGAGAUGCUAGCUCAACAGGGAUGGAACAAAGUGAAUAUGGAUGUGAAGGAGCAAGUACAGGAAAGGUUCAAAUGUUGCGGUUUCCAGGACAGACAUAUCCCUGCCAAUGGUACAGCCGAUUAUCCUUCUUGUGAUGUUAUUGAUAGGGUCUGUUGCAAUGGUUUUAUAAUCUCACCGAGGUGUCGAUGUGAACCAUGUAUGGAGACAUUGAAAGAGAGAAUUGAUUCUGCAUUCAAACUCUGUGGUGGUAUUGGAUUAUUCUUCAGUUUCACAGAGUUAUUUGCUGUUUGGCUCGCCCGCCGUUACCGCAACCAGCCAGACCCCAAUUACAAGGAACCGCACGCUAUCUUCCCCAGAAAAAACUAUCUAUACUGAUCCGUUUAUUGUAGCCAAAUCUUAUAGGUUGUACCGUAGUGUUCAUACAGAGAUUCAAAAAAUAUAUAGACGAAGCAUAGUUGACACUUCACUUGGAACAUUUUACACAUAAUCCCCUAACGAUUUCUAUUGAUAGGUCUUUAAAGCCACAAGUCAAUAUAAUAAUUGUAUUGAAAUUAUUUGCCAAUAGGUUAAAUAAAAUUUGAAUGAUUCUGUUUUUUGUAACUCUGUUUAGUUUGUUUUUUAACAAAAGACGGAACUUAUAUUUUUGUAAUUUUUUUUUUAUGUCGCAAUAUUCCCAAUCGUCACCUCGCUCUGUCCAUACGUGGGGAUAGAUGAGAAUAAAAAGUUUUAUCCGUCCCAACUUUUGCGACGAGGGGACGGUUGGCACUUUCAUAACGGUUCCAACUGUCACCUUAUUGGUGAUAGUGGGACUAAAAGGUGGGACGGGUGAAACGUUUUAUUCUCACGCGGGGACAGAGUGUGGUGACGGUUGGGAAUAAUCCUAUAUGUCAGUACAAGAAUAUGAGGUGGCGUACUAAACUUGACAACCAACAUAGUACCUUUCAAAGAAGUUACCGGUGAAAAAAUGUUCCCUAUGUGUAGUCUAUAUAUUUUUUAAAUGUCCGUGAUCAUAUGACUGGUUUAGAAUAUGUGAUAAUAUAGUAAUUACCUACUAGGAGAAUUUAUUCCUUUGACAUUUUUGCAAAAAUAUCUAAAAAAAUUUUCAAAUAGCUUUUUUUGUAAUUUUUGCUCCUCCCAUAGUAAAUUCAUAUAUUAGAUGACUUGCAGUGUAAUAAAUAUGGUAGAUAAGUCAUAGUUUAAGGGAAGUCGUCAGUUCCUAUAUAUUUUCCACAUUUUAUUAUCAGCAAUUUAUUAUUACACAAACGUAAUAGUACUUUUGUGAUAAUUAAUUUGAUUCAAUUUUGUAAUGCUGUAGAAAUGUUUUUAACGCUAACUAGUCCCGACUUUACUUGAGUUGACAUUUAUUGAAAUGUUUUUUAAUAUACGAGCCGUUGCUCGCGACUUCGUCCGCGUGGAAUUAAAAAAAAAUAUUAGA